AUAUUUGACAAUUUCAAGAUGUCGGAAUGCUAAGGUUUCGUGCAUAUAAUUGUUAAUUAUUUGCCUAUUUUUGAAGUGUAAGUUUCCCCAAGAAGUUUUUAACUUUUCAUUGUUGUUUUUGUGCUAAACGAGUUUAAAUAAGUGCUUCAAACGACAUGUAUUAAGCGAUAUUACAAUGGCACAAGAAGAGAUUAUUUUAAGUACUAUAAAUAAAUGUUUGGAAAUUAAAGAUAUUAUUUCUGAAGCUUCAAACAUUAAAAAAUCUUUGAAAUUGAAAGAUGCUGAGGUUAUAAAAGAAAUAACAGAAAAAACUAAAACUAUUGUAGAUAAGUUAUAUAAACAUGUUGGUGAUAUUAGAAAUAAAUUUUACAAAGAGUGUAAAUUGCUAGAUAACACAAGACAUACAAUUGAAGAAAAUGAAGAAAAUGAUGUGGAGCAAAUGUCAAAAGAUACUACACUACAAUUGGACAAUACAUGUAUAACUGAUAGUUUUGUUGAAUAUAUCGAUUCUCAAAUACCCAAGCCUAAUGAAAAGGAAAUAGAUUCACAUGCUGAAAAAGAAAAUGCAUUUGAAUUUGAAAAAUCCAAGGAGAAGGAAGAAGUUGCAGAAAAGACCAGCCAACAAAAUAAAGAAGAGACAAAAGAUGAUGUUAAACCAAGAAUUAAAGUAGUUGACUUUAGUAAAUUAUGUGCCCCGGGGCCUGAAAAUGCUUUAGAUUUUUCUUCUCUCAAGCAAAAGAAAAGUGUCUCUUUCGAUUCUUCAAUAAUUAUUUUAACCGAUUCUGAAGAAGAUUCUCCAAGAAAAUUAAAAAGAAAAACUAAUUCUGAGACAACAACUAAAAGUUGCAUGAAAAAAACUAAAGCAGCCAAUUAUAAUGGCACUGAUAAAACAGAUGAAAGUGGCAGCAGAAAUAAUCUUGUUGAAAAAGAAAGUAUAUGCCCUUUAGAUUCAAGUGAUUCAGAUGGAAAACUUGGGAAUUCUAAUACGACUAAGGACAAAAAAUGCAGUGAUUCUUCAGAUUCAGAGGAAAAACAUAUAAAGAGAAGAAAGUCUAGGAGAAAUAAAGUUGGAGAUACCAGUGAUAAAGAAACAGACAAAAGGCACAAGAGAAUGAGAAGUAAAAAUAAGUUGUCAUUAAGAAAAAAAUAUGAUAGUGAUUCCUGUUCAGAUGAUGAAAAAUAUUCUAUAAAUGAUUCAGAUUCAGAUAAUGAAGAUCCAAAAAGUAUUGACAAAGAGAAGGUAAAUUCAAAUUAUCAUAAAUCCAAAGAAAAUGUGAAAGAAAAAAUAAAAUCAGAUUCUAAAAAAGAUACUGAAAAAACAAGCAACAAUAAAGAUGAACAAAUGGAAGACAAAACAAAUAGUUCAUCAGAUUCAGAAACAACUAGCUCCAAAUGGCAGAAAAAACUUAACCUAGAUGCUGCAGAUGGCAGCAUUAAACUAAAGUUAAAGAAAAACCCUGAAAUAUUUCUUAACGCCAAACUCUCUGAUACUUCUGAUGAAAAUAUAGAAGAUGAGGCAAGUAAAAAACCUUUUAAAAAAUACAAAAGUGGACCAAAAUCAAGAAGGCACAAAAUGAAGACUCAUCCAAAUUGUGAAUUGUGUGUCGCACUGCCUUUAAUUCAAUGUGAAAAUUUAAAAGAAACCUAUUUAAAUAAUAAGGAAAUUUUGGAUAUAAAAAGAUUAACAAAUAUGGAAUCUCUAAAGUUAAAGAGAUCAAGAGUGAAGACGGCCUGCUCUUCGAAGUCGUCGGAUACAGAAAAGCCCAAGUCCAAGAAGCAGAAAGAAAUGGUGGAUCCAGAACAGAUGUCCGAAACUAAUGUGGACGCCGGCGCAGACGAUUUAUUGCAAGAGAUUGCAUGCACUGAUGCACCUGAACCUGAACCAGUCACUUCAGAAGUUCUCGACAUUAAAGAUCUAAGUGAUGCUGAAGGUCAAAAGGCUAGCAGUGAUGAAAAUGAAGAAACACACAAUAAGAAAACUGCUAAACAACUAAAAGAACAAAAAUUAACUGAUGAAGGCAACUGUAACCAAAUUGAGACUGUGGAUGAAAGUGAAAAAACUGAUGCCUCUGAAGAUGAAGAGGAAAUAGGAAACAAAAAGAAUAAUAAAGAAAAGGAAAAAUGGAAAAAUGAUAAACUUUUGACCGCUAAACUGGAUAGUACUGAUUCUGAAGAGGAAUUUGAAAAGUUUAAGAAAAAGAAAAAUAAAGAAAACGAUGAUUCUGGAAGCAACUCUGAUGAUAAGAAAAAGGACAAGAAAGGAAAGAGUAAAAAAACAAGGAAACGCGUAAAAAUUGUAAUUGACUCUGAUGAUUCAAAUGAUGCUAAAAGUAGCGGAGAGGAAUUUCAAAGAGACAGUGAAAAGUCCAGCUCAGAGGAUGAAAAAGUUAGUGAACCUGAGGAGGAAGGCCAAGAAAAAUCAAAGAGAAAAAGAAUAAAACCUGAGGAUAGUACCAGUGAUGAGGAUGAUAAGGCCACCAGAAAGCAAAUAAGAAGGGUUAUGGGCAAAGAUUCUCUAUCAGACACCACCAAAAAGGCGGAAGCUGACGAAAGGGAGCGAAAGGCUCGCAUAGCCGAAAAACAAAAAAAAUAUAAUCUAGUAUUUGAAUCGAAAGACUUAGACGCAACAGUGGACAAAUUGAUUUUGGACUUCAAUGAAGAAUCCAAUGAGGAACUGCUUCGCGUUGAUGACCAUUUGGUAAAAAAACUAAAACCCCAUCAGGCUAGUGGCAUAAAGUUUAUGUGGGAGGCUUGUUAUGAAUCCGUAGAGCGUGCGCAGAAAACCAAAGGUUCCGGUUGUAUUUUGGCCCAUUGCAUGGGUUUGGGAAAAACACUUCAGGUAAUUACAUUGGCUCACACAUUGCUGAUAAAUAGUGACACCACAAAGGUAGAACGCGUGAUGGUCGUGUGUCCUGUAAACACCGUGCUUAACUGGAAAAACGAAUUUAAAAAAUGGCUUCCGAAGGAGGACGAAUUUGACGUGUACGAGCUGGUUUCGUGCAAGCAAAACUAUGAGCGUCAGUACCAAGUGACGGAUUGGUACCGAAACGGCGGCGUUCUUAUCAUUGGCUACAACAUGUUCAGGACACUCAGUAAUCCGGACAAUAAAAGGAUCAGUAGGAAGAUGAGAACUGCCUUUCAAGAGGGAUUAGUUGAUCCAGGUCCGGACCUUGUGGUUUGUGAUGAAGGUCAUCUUUUGAAAAACGAAAAAACCAACCUUAGCAUAUCCAUGAACCGCAUUAAAAGCCUUCGUCGCAUAGUUUUGACCGGUACGCCUUUGCAAAACAACCUCAAAGAGUACUGGUGCAUGGUUCAAUUCGUAAAGCCAAACUUAUUGGGAACGUACAAAGAGUACCUUAACAGAUUCGUCAAUCCGAUCACCAACGGCCAAUACACCGAUUCAACGCAGCACGAUAUUCAAAUCAUGCGAAAGAGGGCGCACGUGCUGCAUAAAAUGCUCGACGGUAUUGUGCAGCGUAGAGACUAUGCCGUGCUGGAACCCUAUUUGCCGCCUAAGCAUGAGUAUGUUCUUUUCGUCAGUUUGACGGACGUGCAGGUCAAGAUCUAUGAGCAUUACAUUAACAAUUUUGCGCGACAAAACGACGGCAGCAACAGGACAUCCUUUUUGUUUACUGAUUUCCAGCAGCUGCAGAGAAUUUGCACUCAUCCCAGAGUGUUGCUUGAUAAGAGUAUUGAGGAUAAAGAGAAGAAGGAAAAGCUUGACGAGGAUGAGGAUUCGGAAGGUUCCCUAAAAGACUUUAUCGACGACGGCAACGGUUCGGAAAGCGAGGCGGCGUCAACCAGUGACGGUUCCAAAUCCGGUUCCGAAGCGGAACCUGUGGUGCGCAAACGUACAACAAGAGCGACACGCGCGCGGCGCCGUGAGAAUGGUGACAGCGAUAGCGACAUCGAGAUGUUGCCGGUGGAAGCCAAAAAGGAGUGGUGGCAGGAGUUCUGCGACGGUGAACAGCUUAACAACGUCAAUAACAGCGGAAAAAUGUUCUUGCUCUUCGAGAUUCUUAAGGAAUGUGAAGCCAUUGGUGACAAAAUUUUAAUAUUUUCCCAAUCCUUGUAUACGUUAAACUGCAUUGAAUAUUUUCUAAAUCGAAUCGACGAGGCAACGCAAGCAGGAAACACAGAAUCUGUGGGUGGGCACACAGGUUCCUGGUCGAUUGGACUGGACUACUUCCGAUUGGACGGAUCGUCGAGUUGCGAAAACCGCGCCACCUGGUGCAACAUGUUCAACAGCCCAAAAAAUACCAGGGCAAGGUUGUUUUUGAUCUCAACUAAAGCUGGGGGUCUUGGUAUUAAUCUAACGGCAGCCAAUAGGGUUAUUAUAUUUGAUGUGUCCUGGAAUCCUUCACAUGAUAUUCAAAGUAUUUACAGAGUAUAUCGUUUUGGACAGACCAAGCCAUCAUAUGUAUACAGAUUUGUGGCUUAUGGCACAAUGGAAAUGAAAAUAUAUGAAAGACAAGUUACAAAACAAGCCAUAUCCAAAAGAGUAAUUGACGAACAACAAAUCGACCGCCACUACAACCAAAAUGACUUGCAAGAACUAUACAAAUGUGAUCUAAAACCGAUAGAAAGACCAACGCCUCUGGUACCCAAAGACGUCCUGUUGGGCGAGAUGUUGCACACAUAUGCCUCGCACAUCUACAAAUACCACGAGCAUCAGUCCUUGCUGGAAAACAAGGAGGAGGAGGGUCUCAAUGAGGAGGAAAGAAAAGCAGCAUGGGAGGAGUUCGAAAAUGAGAAGGUCAACAGAUACGCCAAUCACAAUACAGGAUCCAAUAACAUUUCAACGCAAUCGAUAGCGUUAGCUUUAACAAACAUAGUUAAACGGGACAAUCCCGACUGGACGGAUGUACAAAUAAAGGGAGUAAUUCCCGCUCUUGUGCAGCAAUUGCAAGUGCAAUUGCAGGCUGGUGAUGUGUCUAUGUACCAAAGGGUGCAACAUGAAAUACGACUGAUGCAGGCUCAACAGGCGCAAAAACUACGUGAACAGUAUUACCAGCAGCAAAUGAUGAGAAUGCUUCAAGCCCAGCAACAGCAGCAAGGUUUAAUGGGCAACAUGAACAUUAAUUCUCAGCAACUCUUCAAUUUGUUGUCACAAGGGUCAAACAAUACAUCAUCAAAUGAUGUAAUAGAACUAAACUGAUUUAUUUAUUAACCUUAUAUCGUAACUGUAUUUAGAAUGUUUUUUAUUUCUUAUGUCUGCAAUAGGUAUGUAAAUAAACAUCAUUCAGAUUUUAUUAACUAUUUUUUUAUUUGUUUAAAGUGUUAGUUUAGUACAUUUGUUCUGUGAUUUGUUUUCACAAUUAGUUCUUAACUAUUCAAAACUUGUAUUUUGUAAAUACAUUUGUAUUUUAAAAAAGGUAAAUAAAUUUAAAAAUGUCUUUCUUCUAAGUGUUGUUUUAUUUCAGUGGUCCAUGUCAUACAAUAU